AUGGGUAAACUCAGGAGCAUAUUAAGUUGGAUUAAAGACAGGAUUAAAGCCAAAGAUAUCUUUAAUCAUAAAAUAUGUCUCACUCAUAAUGGAAGUGAUAGGUAUAGCUCGUUUGUAGGCGGAUGCAGUUUUAUUUUGGUAGUCAUUUUUUUGGCGAUCUAUGGAGGACUUUUGUUCAUGUCUAUGUUCAGGAGGAGAGAAGUCACUGCGAAUGUUAAUGUCUUUAAAGGAGACCUUAAAGAUAAUGGAGCAUAUGGGUAUACCUCUAAAGCAGGCUCUCUUGCAGAAGGAAUUAAACUCACAGAUGGGCCUUACAUUGCUGUUAAUUUUACGCCAUCAAUUUCUUCUUAUUUAUUUGGAAGUGAUGGCUCAGAUUUAGUUCCUGCUUCAGAAGCAUUUAAUGUAUCUGCAUAUUAUGAAAAUAUUGACCUGGAUACAUCAGGAGCUGGGAGUGCUAGCACGACUACCUUAAAUUUUGAGACUUGUAAUGAAGAUAAUUUCCCAAACAUAUUUAAACUAGGGAACACCAUUAAUCAUUACAAGUGUCUGAACUUGAAAGGACUCGAGUUACAAGGAGAUAGUCUUAAUACGAAAAGAAAAGUCAUCAGAUUUCAAGUCGAUAUUAAUGCUAAUAAGAAUGGAAUAGAAAUAGAUGUCAGAGACCAUGAUACCUUGAAUAAAUAUAUAUAUGGGGCUCGCCUUAUGCUAAUUAUUGACAACAAAUUCUUUGACUUUAAAAAUAUUGAGGAACCAGUCCAAAACUAUUUUCAAUAUGAGACUUUUGAUAUCCCAGACUCAUUCCACAAAGUAAGAGUUGACUUGAAGGUUAGAAAGAAUACAUUUACGAAAAGAGAUGGGUUCUUUCCUUGGUCAGUAGAAGAAGAAGGAGAGUUUCAUUCGAUUGAAAAGACUUCAGAUACAAUAAUGUCCAAUGUAGCCCCUAUUCCUGCUGAUUGGGAUAUUGAAACCUUCGGAAUACUCUCAGGCACUAUUUCCCUAGACUAUGAGCAGACCUUUUAUGAGAGAAGAGUUACUGAUCUCCUCGAAGUAACUGGCCAACUUGGAGGUAUCUUUGAACUCUAUGAAAUCAUUGGAGGAUUCAUCAUUGGUUGGAUAUCUUCUAGAGCUCUAAAUAAUGAGAUUUAUGAAAAUCUUGAAAAAGCUGAAAAAGUUUACAAAAGCCAAGUCACAAUAUUGGAAGAACUGAAAAAGAAAGCGCAAGAAGAGCAGAGUAGUAGUGAGCAAGAGCUCAGAGAUAGUAAUAGUGAAGAAGAUAGCAGUCCAGAAGAUGAAAAACAAUGAGAAGGAGGUAAAGAAAGAAUGAACUUUCAAGCCAAAGAAUCUGCCAAAUGUAAGUUAUUCAAAAAUUUAAUUUUUAUGUUGAUUAAGCAAAGUAACCAAAUGAUUUAGACAAGGAGUAUGAUUGCAUCGAAGUUGGGCUGCCUGGGUCUGAAUAUAAAUAGACUUUUAAACUCAUACAAUUAUGCCCUUGAUAGUACAAAUCUAAGUUUUUCCAUUCGAGAGCUUAAAAAUAAAGUGGAUUACUUGCUAUCAAAGGACAAUGACUAUCAAGAAGCUAUGAAAAAAGACCCUCCAAACACCAUCAAUAAGCCCUCCCUCCAAAACCCCCCUCCGCACAAAACUCCACCCCUAUUCCCCUCUUCCACCCCUCACUCAUCUUCCUCCCCUCUAAACAUUCUCAGUCAGUACAAGGCUUCGCUCAGACCUCCUCCUAGGUCUCAAUUGAGGAAUAUACAGAACAGAGUUAAGAAGGAUGGGCUGAGGAGUCCUUCUGUUUAUGCAGUGGAACAAAGUCCCAUCUCAAAAGAAAUAUAAAACCCACUAAGAACACAAACUCUAAUCCACACUAUAAAAACCUGA